CAGCGGCAGACCUUGAACGUCACCAUUGUCGUCACGAAGUGACCCAGUGGACUCUGUCGCUUGGGUUGCUACUCUAUUAUCGAUGUAAUAUAUCGCCCACCUUUUUUUUUACUUUCCAGUCCCUUUCGAAGCAUGGCUUGGGCUCGCAUACUUUGGCAGGUGUACCUGCGAGUAGAGGAUCAUAUCGUCGCCCGAAUCCUCCAAAGCCCCGGAUUCCAUCACGGCGUACGGCGCAUCCACCGUAGAGUCGAAGAUUUCCGAUACGGGCGCAACCCACACGAACCACUGCGCCAGGGAGAGGCCUCAGCAGACCCUAGAGAAGGAUACGAACAGGCUAGGAGUUUCUUCAAAUACUUUAUUGACGAGCUCAAGAACCAGGCCAAGGGAAGGCCAACGGAUGUGGCACCCCCACCAGCACCACCCAAGAAGUGAAGAGGCGUAGGCAUGGAAGGAGCAGCGAACAUUUUAAGGAAAACACGAUGCACGAUCAAUCCUCCGCCGUCAGCAAGAAAAUACACCGGCUUAUCAGAAGCCAAGGGUAUAACACCAGCUGGUGCGUGGCAUUGCCCGACAGAGUUCGGGAUGUGGCACAUCUCCGUAACGAAUGUGCCCCCAUACAGCCUCAGGACACCAUCCGCAGUAAGAAUUUGGCUUGCGCUAGUAGCGUUGGGAACCAAGAUAUUUCUACUAGCGGGAAACUUGGAUAGCACGUUUUUGGCAUAUCACCGAGCUGUACACAACGCCAUACGAUAGACUUCGUCAAUGCCAAUCAUUAUCAAGAUUCAGACCUUGCAAGCUAUUCCCACUUCCUCGACAUACCAAGGUCUUGUACCCACAAUUGCCC